AAAACAAGUUGUCGGACUAAAAAUCAGGAUAAACGUAAGCAACUAAGACCAUCGGCCUUUCCUUUUUUUUAAAGCUUAGCCUAAAAUGUUAUGCCAGUAAACAUAAAUGAAAAGUAUUUAAAAAUGGAUAAUAAAUUCGACAUGACAACCAUUACAUACUCAAUUCUUUUUUGUUUUGUUUGGAAACAUCCUAUUCCAUAGACCUUUUAGAGUGGCUGCUGCUGAUCGCCAACGUAUCCAUUAUACAGUGUUUACCUUUAUAUACCGUGAACACUUUUUUACACUUCAGAGAGAAAAAAAAAUCGACAACAACAACAAUAGCAAUAAAUUUAUUAGUACAACAAUCCAACAAACAUUUGGCUUUAGUUGAUAGUUUUGUUUGCCUAAAAAAAAAAAAAAAAAAUAAGUAACUAUACACAUAAUACAUACAUGAAGAAUGGAUAAUUGGAAUGUUUUAGCGGCACAAACCAGCUCCUCGGCUAUUGGACGUGAUGAUGUCAAUUUGGCUUCUAAAGAGAAAUUGACAAUUGAGAAAUUACCGGACAAGGUAUUGUUGCAAAUUUUCUCAUAUUUAUCGCAUCGGGAGAUUUGCCGUUUGGCUCGCGUUUGCCGUCGUUGGCGUCAGAUAGCAUACGAUACGAGAUUAUGGAAAAAUGUUUCUUUACGUCCCGAAGUGUCGGGCUUGCAUGUGGGUUCAUUGGAAUCGCUAUUAUCCUUGAUAGCGGUCCGUUUCGGGCCCACUCUACGUUACAUAGAGCUGCCCAUCGAAUUAAUUACUCAUACCGUGCUGCAUGAAUUGUCCGGUAAAUGUCCCAAUUUGACGCAUAUGUUAUUGGAUUUUUCCACAGCCAUGCAAUUGCAUGAUUUCAGUGAGAUGCAAGCUUUCCCCACCAAGUUACGUUACAUGUGCAUAUGCUUAUCGGAAGUCAUCUUUAUGGAGGGUUUCAUGCGUAAAAUUUACAAUUUCAUUAACGGUCUCGAAGUUCUGCAUUUGAUUGGUACAUAUGAAAAAUGCGAAGAAGAAGAGGAAGAAAUUUAUGAAGUAAUUAAUGUUCAUAAACUAAAGUCCGCGACACCAAAUUUACGUGUCAUUAACUUGUACGGCAUAAAUUUUAUCGAUGACUCGCACAUUGACGCGUUCAGCUCGAAUUGCAUUCAAUUGGAAUGUUUAGCGGUAAAUUUUUGUAAUAAAGUGACAGGAUCAACAUUGAAAACGUUAAUCCAACGUUCGAAACGUUUAACUUGUUUGCUAAUGAAUGGCACGAGUUUGAAAUCGGAAUUUGUUAUGCAAGCUGAUUGGGAUAAAUGCGCCUUACAAGAAUUGGAUAUAACGGCCACCGAUUUAUCAACUGAAUGCUUAGUCGAUUUGCUAACGCGUUUACAAAAUUUAAGAUUUCUAGCGGCCGGUCAAAUUAAUGGCUUUAAUGAUACCGUCUUGAAGCAAUGGAUGGAAUCAGGAAAUGUUAGAUCUGUAAUAGCAUUAGAUUUGGAUUCUUCGGAUAAUAUAACCGAUGAUGCUUUAUCGAAAUUUCUUACACGUCAUGGCCAACAAUUAUACGCCUGCUGUUUGUCGGGCAUGCCUCAUAUAACCGACCAAUUAUGGAUGAGUAUUUUAUCAGUACUAACAAAUGCCAAAAUUCUUGUUAUGGGGACUUCGGAAAAACUUGGUGUCAAUAUACAUGUUGAUCAGUUAAUGGAUACAAUAGCUUCAAGUUGUGCUAAUUUGGAACGUUUGGAAUUAAGAUGGGAUCCGGAUAAUUUACGUUUUUCGGAUAAAAGUCAAAAGGCAAUCGAUUUGCUGCGUGUGAAAUGUUUAAAAUUGCGAUGCAUGGUCUUGAGUGAUGGACGGUAUUAUGAGACCGUUAAGGCGAACUUUGAGCGAGCCGAUCGUGUAACGGUAGUGCGAACAACGACCUGUUGCCGCGUCUCACCCUAUCAUUUGCUAAGCAAUUACAAUGAUUUGAUUUUCAACUGAAAUUUUUCAAAAUUAAGAUUUGUUUCUCUUUUUAUUUAUUCUUUAUUUCUUAAAAUAAUUCUCCAUAUGCUUGCACAUGUCUUGUGUGUGUAUAUAUGUAUAUAUCUAUAUACAUAUAGAUGUAUAUAUAUAUAUAUAUAUA